CAAAUUACAAUUUAACUUGAUGAGUAAUUGUUGUCGUCUCCGUGUCUGUUCGCUUUUUUCGAUGUAUAUUUUCAACGUGAAUAUAAUAUACUAUAAGUACAUAAUCUCAAUUAAAUAGAUUGCAAUUCUGGAACAAAUACCAUCACUGUAGAAGUGAAUAUGUUACCUUACGAAAUGCCAAAGAUUCAAGUGCACACUCCGCAACAGGAGAUUACUUUCCCUUACGCCAGAGAAACUCCUUUGGAAGAACAAAAGCUAUUAAAGGAAAAAGUCGAAACGCUCGAAAAUGAAAUAGAAAAACCUUCGUGUACUCUCGACAAAAAUAUGGUCAUUACUUUUGAUAAGCGAGUUUAUCCCGUGACACUGGGAACUACGAAGUACGUGCUGUUGAUCACUUAUCUGAUACAGGAUCCUAAUAAUCGCAAAAAUCAUAUGACAAUUGCGGAAGAAUUGAUAGUGGCUGUCGUAGCUAAGGAUAUGAACGACGGUAGCAGAAGCGUCAACAUAAUCCUGGGCAAACGAGAAGUUAAAUUGACAAAAUUGGGUCAUGAGACGAUAGCUACAUUUAACGGAGCUACAGUUAUCGAUUCAAAAAAGAGAAGUUAUGGAUACAUCGCACAUCGCGAAAUCAUUUUCGUGAUCGUAAAACUACCGGAUGGUUCGAUCGUAUGUGACUCGCAGAAGUAUGGAAUUACUGUUGCGUACGAUGGAAAUCGUGUUAACAUACGGACAGUCGAUAGGUAUCGCAAUGCCGUGCGCGGUCUCUGCGGCAACUACGACUCUAAUACCGGCAAUGAUUUUCUUACUCCUGGAAAAUACCUUCUGACAAAGCCCGAGGAAUUCGCCGCCACAUAUUCCUCGAUUCAGGAGAAUUCCGAGGGACCAGUUCUGAAGAACAGACGAAAAGCCGAAUAA